AAUAGUUCGAUGUUUUCGUUCUUUUUAUAGCCGUGAGUUAUAAAGCGAAUCAAAGAUAGCAAUUACUCGUUUAAAAUGGACUAUAGAAGUGUUAAGAAACCGGAUUUUGUAACUAAAUAUAGCUUUCUUCGUGGAUAUAAUACGUUGAAGACGAACGACUGAAGCUAACACGUUUCGAUUGAAUUGUAUGUGCCAGAUUUCAUUUUUUACGCUAGAGUAAGGCUAGACCUACUUUCGGUUUGGAAACUUCAAUCUACAAAACUUAGGCGUACGUUUAAUGCUUUUCUUUAUUAAUUUCAAACACAUCUGAACAGGAUUAUACCACGAAAGUGUAACAGUGUGACCGAAAACAAUUGGCGAUGAAGUAAACUGUCAAAAUUAUUACAGUUCGAAAAAUGUCAACACUCGUGGAAGACCUCCAAAGGGAGGGAACUACUACUCUGAUGGAAAAUGUUCAAGGGAGACAAAUCGAAGAACAGACUGCGGAUCUCACGAUAAACGGUACCGACAGUUUUGAUGGCAAAAUUACACGCGAGGACAUCGAACUUCCGCAAGAUUUUAAAGGAAAGCUGGCGUUUGUGCUCUAUAAUGUCUUCACAACAAAUGAAUGCGAGGAGUACAUAGCCCAGACGGAAGUGAUGGGGUAUGAAGAGGCCCUAGUCAACGUAGGGGGUGGAAGGCAGGUAAAGAUGACGGAUGUGCGUAAAAGCUCACGAUGUAUAUGGGACACAGUGGAAGAGGCGGACCGGAUAUGGGAGCGUAUCAAGAGUCACGUGCCAGAAAUGUGGCGCGACAGAAAAGUGUUGGGGUUGAAUGAAAGACUGCGGUUCCUGCGGUACGACCCGGGCGACUACUUCCAACCACACCUGGACGGCGCGUACGUGCGAGACAACGGGGAGCGGAGCUACAUCACCGUCCAAGUCUACCUCAACCAGGGUUUUAAAGGUGGGAGUACAACAUUUAUGAGUUAUUCGUGCGAGAAUAAGGUGGAAUUGGUGCCCAAAACAGGCAGCGUCCUAGUGUUCCAACACGACAUCAUGCACGAGGGCUCUAGACUGGAGGAGGGCCGGAAGUACACUAUCAGAACAGACGUCAUGUAUUCCGCUAAACAGACGGAAACGUAAUGACGUCCGCCUUCGUCGCCGGUGAAAGUAUUGCGUUCACUGUGGUCGUUAUGAGUGCUAAAGGAACUUUCAUCAUUAUUGAAUCUGUUGUUGUUGCUUAACGCACUUUGACGUCAUUAUUGCCAUCGCUUCAGUGCAUACGAAGAGAAUUACUUUGCUUUCUAUCGUUUGUUUAUUAAUUUUAUAAGGUACAUUUCAACGCAGUUUUCGUUGAUGUCCGUUUACGUUUUUUUGAUGUUUUGUUUUUAAGUAACUCUGCCGUGAAAAAGUUUAAGCAACAUCUUUUUUUAAGUACAAAUGGGCCGUGCUCUAUGAAAAGGGGGUUUAAUGCAUGUGUGUAGUGUCGUCCCAGAUUAGCCUGUGCAGUCCGCACAGGCUAAUCAGAGACGACAAUUUCCGCUUUUAAAAACUAGAUUUUUGCUUAGAAGAGACUAUCUUUAAACGAAAAAUAUCAUAAAAGCCCUUAGUAUCGUCCGAUACGGAUUCAGGACAACACUUUAAAGGACGCACUCAUCACUGUCAGUUGUACGUUUCAUGAAUUUUAUUCGAUGUAGUUAUUUGUCGUUUGAAGUCAUACCGUUGCAUGUUGCAUUAUUUUCAAAGUGGAAAGUAACGUUUAGUAUCGAUAUUUCAGAUAUUGCCCAGAGAGUUGCGUCGGGAACAUGUAUAUGGGCCGUGCUCUGUGAAAAAGGGGUUUCAUUGAUGUGCGUAAAGUACCGUCCCAGAUUAGCCUGUACAGUCUGCACAGGCUAAUCGGCUAAGGACGACACUUACCGCUGUUACGAUAUUUUUCGUUGCAAGAAAGUCUCUUCUUAGCAAAAAUCAAGUUAAGGCGACAAGUGUCGUCCCUGAUUAGCCUGUGCGACCUGCACAUGCUAAUCUGUGACGACACUUUACGCAUAUGCAUUAAACCCCUUUUUCACAGAGCACGACUCAAAUCGAAACGUAUAUAUAAACUUGCGCACACAUCUUUCAGUUUUACCGUUUGUAAAAUUGGCAUUUACAGUUGUUUUAUGACAAUAAAGUAUUAUAAUUUA